CGACACACCUGCCUCCGCAUUGCCCAACAACACGCUCACUAACCACGGAAACACGGCAAGAAGAUUCCAUUCUUGGUCUUCACCUGAGAAGGUUCAAUAAAGCCUGUCCUUCCCCCAUGGCGAGCGGCAAUGUCCUUCCGUCCGACUCACUAUCCCAAUCUUCAAUCUCUCUGAGUGAAGCUGCGGCCUCAGUGCUGUGGUCUCCUCCCUCUGGAUCAUGGCUGUCGACAGUCGCCACCGGUGACGACAGCCUCCCGGAAACUCUUAUGGACUAUCCCGAACUCUGAUGCUCGUCUACGUCUGCGCCCGGUUCGUGGGGUCGAUCAGGAACAUACGAUCUAGCUGAAACAGAAUAAAAAGUGGACAUGUCGUCGGUGGCUCACUCUUCACGCCCCUCCUCGAUUGGUAUACCACCCCAGCGCCUUGGGUCCAUGACGCCGCGAGCUCGCCCUGUCAAUCAGCGGUAUCACGGCGACUAUGAUCCACACCAGGGCGCCGAGACAAGGUCACCUUACCUUCAGGACGGCUGGCGGACGCCUAUCGUGGAAGACCCCGAACACCGCUCUAAUCGAUCGAGAUACUUCAAUGAUGCGUCGCCACGCGACAGCACGGUUGAUCCACGCAAGGCUUCGCAGACUGCAAUACCAGACCGAGAGGAACGAGAGGCAAACAAGGCCGAGCCUGCCCCAGAUGACCACCCAAAGGUCCUCUCCUGGUCGCAGCGGAUGAAACAUGUUACCUGGGCGUGGUUCACGCUCACAAUGGCGACUGGGGGCAUCGCCAAUGUUUUACACAACGUGCCAUACCGCUUCCAUGGGCUCUAUACCAUCGGUGUUGUCGUCUUCCUGUUCAACAUUGUCCUGUACAUACUCAUUUGGGCCAUGAUAAUAACUCGAUUCACGCUAUACCCGUGGACCUUCCGGGCGAGCUUUACUCACCCGACCGAAUCACUCUUCGUGCCCGCCUUUGCCGUCUCUUUUGGCACCAUCUUGAUCAAUAUUGUCCAAUACGGCUCGGGUUAUGUCGGAUUCUGGCUCAACCGGACCGUCUUGAUCCUCUACUGGUUUGAUUGCGGCCUGGCCAUCGCCUUGAGCAUUGCCAUCUACCUCGUUCUCUGGUCCACACAAACCUUCACCAUUGCCCGAAUGACUCCAAUAUGGAUUUUCCCAGCAUAUCCUUUGUUGAUCAUCGGCCCCCAUGCUGCAAAUAUAGCCGAAAAGGCACUAAGCUCCAAGGAGGCGAUUCGGAUACUGGUCGGCGGCUUCACGAUUCAAGGCAUUGGCUUUCUCGUCUCACUCACCAUCUACUCGGCCUUUGUAUAUCGGCUCAUGACGCAAAAACUCCCCGCCGAACCACUCCGGCCGGGCAUGUUCGUCUCCGUCGGCCCUUCGGCCUUCACAGUCAGUGGGACCAUCGGCAUGGCCGAUGACCUGCAUCGUGUCAUUGCCUCCUCUCCCACAUCCACCUUUAUGGACGUGCCAGGUGUGCUUGCCGCCCAGAUCUUGAAGUUGGUCGGCAACUGGAUGUGUCUCUGGCUUUGGGGUCUGGCAUGGUGGUUCUUCUUUGUCAGCCUGCUCUCUAACAUCGCUUGUCUGCACGAAAAGCACCGAAUGCCCUUUGCCAUGACAUGGUUUAGUUUCAUCUUCCCACAGACGGCUCUUACGACGGCAACAUUUGCUGUAGCCGAGGCAUUCGACGUCGGUGCCAUUCGAAUCAUUGGCUGCAUCAUGACAGUCUUGCUGAUCAUUGUGUGGUUUGUUGUCGUUGGGUUCAUGAUACGGGCAAUCGUGAACAAACAGAUCCUAUGGCCCGAGAGGGGAGAGGAUAAAUCGGAAGGUGGGUUCAAGGCCAGAAUGGACGAGUCAGCCGAUAGCGCAACGACGCUGCUGAACAAGGAGAUUCCGCCCUUGCUGAAUGAUACUGGGACUGGGGGUGGUCAUAGAAACCAUGCUCGGGAUCAAAGGUACCGUCCCGGUGAUGCGGCAACGAGGAAUGUAUGAUGAUAGCCACACGAUUUCUGGGAGCGCCAGCGGGUGCUCUCAUUCAGUUUAUAGAUCCAGCCUCAGCAUUUCAAAUAGAUUGAACCCUAUAGAGUCUGGUCAAAUACCCCUGAUAAAUCGACACUGACGUUUCUA